UUUUAUUUUGCAAUUUGUGUACAUUUCCUUAUUGACGAAUGAACAGUGAGUACGUUAACAGUUUGUUCGCUUCGUAAGGUUGUCUGUUAAUCUCAGACUAAAUUGUUUGAUUUUAUAUGCUCUAUGCGAUGAGCAGUUUGCCGCUACUCUUACUGGGGCUGUCCUAUGUGGCCGGGGAAUUAGAGAUAAUGUAUCAAUGGACGUUGGCCAAAUUCGACACUCCGUUCAACUAUCCCCCAAAUACCAAAUAUAGAGCCGACACGACCUUUAUCAACAGUGUUGAGGUCGGUUGGGACAGGGUGUUUGUCACGUUGCCGAGGAUCUGGUCGGGGAACCCCGCAUCACUCGCCUGGGUGCCCAGGCCUAGAAAGGGGCAGCCUAACGACCCAUCGCCUCCACUUCAGGCAUAUCCGGGCUGGGAAUGGCACGUAGAAGCAGCAUCGCGCAACCUCACUAAGGGCAAUUGUUCCGGUUUGGUGUCCGUGUUUAGAGCACGGCUCGACCGGUGCAACAGGCUUUGGGUCCUCGACAGUGGAGUCCAAGACAGUCUGGUCACUUUUAACGUUGUAUGCCCUCCUCGAAUUUUCAUCUUUGACUUGAGAACAGACCAGCUUGUCAGGAUGAUAACUCUCCCGAAUGAAGUACUGAGGAGGAACACGCUACUCUCCAACAUGGUUCUCGAUGAUCAAUCCGACUUCCAAAAUGGAGGAUACGGCUCCUGCGACAACAUGUUCGUGUAUAUGUCUGACACUGUAGCCCCUGCGAUAGUAGUCUACGAUUCGACCAGGGACGCAGCUUGGAGACUACAACAUCCAAAAAUGUAUCCCGAUCCCGACUACGGCACUUAUACACUCGCUGGUGAAUCGUUCACUUUAAUGGACGGAAUACUCGGAAUGGCACUGAAUCCGGCGGGAAGUUACAGAAGGACUUUGUUCUUCCAGCCGUUUGCUUCAGACAGACUCUUCGGAGUACCUACAUCCGCUCUCCAAAGAGGGCCCAACCCAGGUGACGAUGCGGAGCUGCCCGUCACACUCGUCGGGCAUAAGUCUUCCCAGGCGGCCGGACUCGCCGUCGACAUUCGAGACGGGUCACUCGUUUUCUGCCCCGUCUCAGAAACUGCGAUAGCAGCUUGGCAACCGGGGUCGCUCGACCACAAGGUUGUCGCAUAUUCUCCCGAACUGCUCCAGUUCGUCCUUGAUUUUCGUUCGGCGGAUAGAGACGAAGGAAAUAUGUGGCUUGUGAGCAGCAGGUUCCACAAAUACUUCAGGAGGACCGUCAACCCAAAAGAGUUCAACAUCAGGAUCAUGAGACUUACUCCUGAAGUAAACCAUCUGAAUAGUACUCUUUUCGUCUUCAAGAAAUAAUGCAACCAUAAUGUCUGAACUACAAAAAUUAUAUACAAAAGUGUUGAAUUUGUUGAAAUUACUUAAAUUGUAAUUACUGAAUUUUUAGAAGGUCAUAAACUUAAUAUUUAUUAUGCUAAUACUUGACCCCUGUUAAAUGUAAUUAGGAUUUGAACUCAAUUUUUGGGUUCUUUAAUUCAAAUUGUUAACUUAUACCAACUUUUACAUAAAAAUACGUUAUUUGCGAGAGGUAAAUAAACAUAUCUCUACAGGCUAAAAAAGGUAUGCUAAAAAUAUAUUUUGAUAAUCUGAAUUUGCCAAAAACAUUUAGUCAGCUACCUGAUUUAGCUACAUAUACAUAAAUUUUUUAUUGUAAAAUAUGUACACUAAUGUAAUAUAGCUCAAUAUUUUUUUAUAGUUUGCCAAUUCUCUUUAUGAUAUU